AUGGCAGAAUAAGGGAGAUAUAGUAAAUUAAGUGAAGAGGAAGCUGCAGCUCAAUUUGAAUUAAGGUACACAUCCAAAUUUACUUAAGAAAAUAAUAAUUAUUAGGUAAUUUGUAAGAACAAUACCAAAAUGCAAAUAGUUAAAAAAAUAAAAAGCAAUCCAAAUCAUAAUAACAUUAGUCUAACCAAUAAGAAUUCAUUGUCUUUAAUCCUAAUAAAAAACAAUUAUCUAAACCAUCUAAAAAGCUAUCCACAAAAUUAGAAUUUCAUAAAGAAGAAUCACCUUUAAAAAAUCCAACUCCUCCUCCAGAAUAGGAGAUUGAAUAUGAAGUUUAAUAACCUGUGAAUCCAAUUCCUCCUGAAUAAUCUCCUUUAAUUGAUAAACCAUAAAAGCCAAGCAUCAAAAAAAUGCUACUUAGAGAUAUUGGUAAUUUGGAUCUUGAAAUUUAAAGAUUAACAAGAGAAACCAAAGAGUUUAAAAAUGAAAAAUCUUUAAAUAAAUCCCAAAUAUCUUAACAGUCAAAAAUUCUUAAAGAAUCUCUUACUAAACCAAAUUCAAGACCUAGUUCAUUAUAGCAUUAAUAAUCAAAACCAUACUAUGAAUUAAGAUAAAGACCUUCAAGUAAAGAAUCGCGUAUUUCUGAUGCCUCUUAUACUAAAAAAGCUGAAUGUUUUAAAGGAGUUAUAAGAAGUUCAAGUCUAAAAAAAUUACCUUAACCUUCAAAAACACAUUCUAAUUUUUUAUAGUUGAGAAGUGCAUCUGAAAAGAAAAUCAAUUAAUCAAUCAAUAAGAUAAAUACUAUAGAAUCUGAAAAUAAAGAAAUUUCCAAUAAGAAUGUUUAAAGUGAAAGAAAAAUACCAAAACCUAUUAUUUAAAUUAAUAGAAGUUAAUCUAAAUAAGACACUCCUACAUAUGAAAAGAAAUCUAGUACUCCUGUUAAAUCUAUAUUGAAGGUAUAAUUUAAUUCGAUCCCUUUGGAAUGCAAUUCAACUAAAAACAAUAGUGCUUCCUAUGUAAACUUUUCAUUUAAAUUAGUUUCAUUAGCAUAAAGAAUCAUACAAUAGUUAAAUAAGUUUUUCAAAGAAUAAAUGUGUCGAAGCCCAGAUUGAAGAAGCAGUAUAAUUAUACAACAAUCUUAAAUCUUUGAUGCAAAAUAAAACAAGUGUAUUAUAAGUUAGAAAAGAUGGAAAUCUUAUUCCCAGAAAAACUGCAGACUUUUUUGUAUAAUUUUUAUUUAUCUAGUACCAUAAAGAAAUGUAGAAACCCACUUUAUACUGA